UUUGUACAAGAUGUGUUUGAAAAGAAACCGGGAUCUUUAAGACCCGCAUUGGGUGGCUCGAAAAGAUAACGCCAAUUCCUCCUCUGACUGGUCCGUUUCUCCUAUACUUCAAUACUUCGAGACUAAAGGAUUUAUACGGCAAUCCCGACAAUACAAUAUCGUACCGUCUGGCCUGUCGCUAGUGCGCCAAUUCGCCAAUUUGCAAUCAUAAUUCCCUAUUUCUUAACUUUUCUGGAAUCCCUUCGUUAAGAUUUGCCUCCGAGGUUUCACGCCUCGCCGCACGCCGAGAACCGUCCUAGAGGUAGCCCUGGAGCCCUAAAGCUUGAAUUAUGUACCAUACUCGUUAUUGAUACGAGGCUCACCUAGCUUACCGAUUUGGUAACAUUGACAAUACGCGGGACCCUUUACCCGUCGAACCCCGUCCUCGGCUUUUUUAGCAUAAAUCCCACCACCCCCCUUCGUUGAUCUCUCCUGAUCCUACCUUGCCUUCUUUGUCUUCUAGUACCGCAAAACAUUUCGCAAUUGCGAAGUUGUCUAUACAAGGAUUAGCAAUGGGUCAAAAUUCAGAAGACCUCGAGCGUGCCUCGGACUCCAUCUUGCCUAGCGGCGAUGAGAAGUUGGGCAAGUCAUCUCCUGGAGAUGAGCCUCCUCCAUAUCUCAACCCUUCGAUAAUGGAGGAGGAUUACGAAGGAAAGCCAACCGAAGAGGAACUGAAGACUUUACGCCGAGUUCCCGGUAAACUUCCUGUCGUCGCCUAUGCUAUUUGCAUCGUAGAAUUCUGCGAGCGAGCUUCCUACUAUGGUGUCCAGCCAUUAAUCGCCAACUACGUCAACCGACCAUUACCAGAAGGUGGAAACGGCUAUGGUGCUCCCCCGGUAGGAACACAGCAGACGGCCGGUGCUCUCGGCUUGGGAACUGUCACAGCGAACGCUGUUACGCAAUCGUUCAGUAUGUUGGCGUACGCGCUGCCUAUGUUAUUCGGAUGGCUCGCCGACGCGAAGACUGGUCGUUUCGCUCUCAUCUGCUGGGGUGUCGGUGUCUUUGGUGUCGCUCACGUUUUGAUGGUUGCUGCGGGUGCAAAGGACCUAUUGGCUGCCGGCACGGCGAAGGUUCCAUACUUCCUCUCGGUGUACAUCCUAUCGGUUGGUGCUGCUAUGUUCAAGCCAAACGUCUCUCCGCUUCUUCUCGAUCAGAUGACAACAACCGUCCCCGUAGUUAUUACACUAGAUAGCGGCGAGCGCGUCAUCCAAGACCCCGAGUCCACGACCGAGCGAGUGAUGCUUUGGUUUUACCUCUUGAUCAACAUCGGUGGUUUUAUGGGAGUCGCUACCUCGUACUCGGAGAAGUACGUCGGCUGGUGGCUGGCUUUCCUGAUUCCUCUUCUGCUCUACCUCCCUCUCCCUCUCCUGCUAUGGUUCCUUUACAAGCGUCUGAUUCUCCACCCUCCCGGAGGAAGUGAUCUCGGCAACGUCUUCAAGAUACUCGGAAUUUGCUUCAGACGCGGCGGUAUUGCGAGGAUCGGCCGUCACGGCUUCUGGGAUCUCGCCAAGCCUUCGAAUAUCGCAGCUGCUGGCCUUAGCAUUAAGACAGACUGGAACGACCAAUUUGUCGAGGAUGUUCGACGAACCUUCCAAGCGACCGGUAUCUUCUGCUUCUUCCCGAUUCAAUACAUCAACGACAACGGUCUCGGCUCCGCCGCUAGUUUCUUGUCGACCAUGUUGACCACUAAUGGUGUCCCGAACGAUGUUAUCAACAAUUUCAAUUCGUUGAGUAUCAUCGCGAUGGCCCCAGUUCUUAACUAUGGCCUGUACCCGCUUUUGCGAAGAUUCAACAUCCACUACGGCCCUGUAGCCCGUAUCACUACCGGUCUUGCGAUGUCUUCCCUCGGCGGUGCCGGCUACGCAAUCCUGAACUCAUAUGCCUACAAACAGUCUCCUUGCGGCGAGUACGGUUCCAGUAACUGCUUGGAUGGUCUGGGUGUAGCUCCCAUCAGCAUUUGGUGGAUGGCGAUUCCGUUUGCCGUCGGUGGUAUUUCGGAGCUGUUCGUUAACGUCCCCGCUUACGGUAUCGCGUACUCGCGUGCUCCCGUCAACAUGAGGGGUCUCGUUUCCGCCCUUAACCUUUUCAACACGGCCGUCGCUUACGCCAUCGGUCUAGCAUGUUCAUCCGUCGUCACAGACCCGUACCUAACAUGGGAUUUCGGCGGUCCUGCCAUCGCUGGCGGUGUCCUAACCGUCAUCUUCUACUUCCUGUUCCGCCACAUCGAUGAGGAGGAAUUCGCCCUCAGCAAGAACAAGGAUUACCACCUUAAGCUAGAGGGCACCGUCAGCGUCGUCGGCGAGAACGAGUUAAACAAGAGCACAAACCGACCUGCGCCCAUCGCCGCUAAUGAGGAAGUGAUGAUCUCGCAAAAGCAAUAGUUGCUUGGUUUUUUGUCGUUUUAUACGUGUAUAUGUGUAUACGAAGUUGGGUUGUCG